GAAUGCCAGGAGACAUGUUUCAAUAAUUCCUGGUACACAUUUUCGAAAUGGGGAAGAACAUGGUGGUGGAACAGGGAAGCCUGCAAAUAUCUGGGAGGUUACCUUGUUUCUAUCGAAACAGAAGAAGAAUGGCAGUUUAUCAACCAUGAAAUUCAAAAUCGUUCCUCUUGGAAUACUAGUGCGUGGCACAUUGGUUUAAGGAAAAUGACCAAAAAUUGGACUUGGGAGAGUGGAGCACAACUGAAUAUUUGGAAAUGGCGAGAUUCUAUAACAAAAAAUAUAAGACGUCCUGCGGAAAUAUCCAAGAAUGGGAGCCUUUUUAACAGCAUAUUUUGGAACGAUAGCAACGCCUUCAUUUGUGAAAUGCCCGAAGGUAAAUAAACGUUAAACCGAGAAUUAAGAAUUUGUUCAUGCUUAGUGUGCGUAUAUCGAGUUAUGGAUGCACGCUGGAAGUUUGGAGAACACGAAAAAUGCGUAAGAGUAGCUCGAGGCGCAGCCGAGAGCAACUCUAACUUUUUGUUUGCUCUCCAAACUUCACAAGUGCAUCCAUAACUCGAUGUACGCACAGCUAAAAGCAUGAGCCAAUUCUUUUAUAACAGAGCGACAACAAGGAUCUGCGCGAAGAAGCCUUUUAUUGUGGUAGAUUGGCCGAUCAAAAACACGCCACAUUUUAUACUUUGGUUUGAGCGAUAACUGUGAAUGAAAAGCUCAAAGCCAAAUGAACUCAAGUGUCACUAACAAGUGUUUUGAAAGUCAAAGAGUCAACUUGCAAGUUUUUUUCGGCUUUAUUUUUGUUGCUUGUUGGAUCAGGACCUAUAGAAAAAUUGGGCAGUUCUUCGCUGGUUUCUUCCGUAUUUCAAAGAGAAGAAAAACUUCACUGAAGCUUAACAGGAAGGAAACUCUGAAGCCAGUUAAAAAAUGCUCACGUCAUCUAAUUUACGUACGGGUGUCCGUAAAUAAAGAUUUUGUUCAUAGCGGCUCAAUAGGACUUAUAUAGGGGUUAGGGUUGUAUAUAUAUAUUAUAUGCUAAAACAUGCCCUCUUAAAAAUAAUAUGAUGAAAAUUUCUCUUAUAAAUUGAUUUUCCAAAAAAUGAGACGCUGCUCACAUAAUAUCAAGUCCAGCUUCACGCAACUUCUACGUGUGUAGGCGAUGAAUAAUUUUAUAAUGAAUAAAAAAGCAGUUGCAAAUUAUGAUAACUCACAUUCGCAUCUUACUUAGUGACUAAUUUAGCCUUUUCAGACUGGUGGCAAGGGUAGUGUAGGAUUUUAGUCGAAUUUGAUCCCAACAAUGUUAGAAAAACAAUCAAAACAAAACAAAAAAAUCUCAAGUAUAAUGGUGGCAUGAACUCAAAUCUAGUCUAAGCUAAUUUAGGUUGAAAUACUAAUAACUAUAUCAAUAAUAACGACACGCCGGUUUGCUGGCUAGUUUAUUUAUAUCCUUGAUUGAUCUUGUGUUCUUCUUUUUUACCAUUAUCAUGGUCAUUUUUAUAUUUGUUACCAUCUUCUUUAAUUUGUAGAAUGCCCAAAUACUUCUUUUCAAAACUCGUGGUAUAUAUUUACGAAAAAAGGAGGAAAAUGGAACAAGGGCAGAGAAAUCUGCCAAUGUCAAGGAGGAGACCUAGUUUCCAUUGAGACCGAAGAAGAAUGGAACAUCAUCAAUAACGAGAUUCAAAAUCGCAGCACAAUGUCCAACUGUACUCUUCAUAAUAGUACUUAUCACCAUUGUGACGCAUGGUACAUUGGCUUACAAAAAAACGGUGAGAAUUCGACUUGGGUGAAUGGAAAACUGCUGGACACGUCUAAAUUAGCAAGAAAGCCAAAAUUUAGCGGAGUUGCAGCUUACAUAUCCAAGCGCUAUAUUAAUGGCGGACAGGACAUAUGUGAUGUCCUUGACUGUAAGAAUAUGGCUUAUAUUUGUGAAAUUCCCAAAGGUGAGAGAAAUUAGCCAUUUAUUUUUAAUAUUGAAUCAAGUAAAAGGCUCAUUGACCGUAAUGCGAAUGUUACCUAUGAGUUCACGUCUGGUACACCCACCACUGCUAUCAUAGCAAGCGGAACUCAUGGACCUUCUGACAAUCAGGAUAAAAUUUUCAAUUGGGCAAACAUUUCUAGAUCAUUACGUCUCAGGUUGUUCCUGUUCUUUAGUAGUGUUUGUUUGCUUAUUUUUUUAAGGGGGCUUAUUUGUAAUUUGAUGUCAGCUGCCUCAUUACUAUCCUCAACUUUAACUGCAGAAACAUCUUUACCAUCCGAAUCUAUAAGGCCACAACCCACUCCAUCGCCGCCAUUAUGGUUAUCAUUGUCGCUGUCACUAUCUCAUCCACUGUCUCAUUCAUCGUCGUUGUCGCAGUGGCCUUCCCAAGUGCUUUCCAAGUUUCCUUCACAGUCGUCGUCACAGUUGCCUUCUCAGUCACCAUUGCAUUCGACUUCUCAGUUGCCAUCUCUUUGCCAAUCGACUUCCCAGACACCUUCUCAGUCACUGUUACAGUUUGCAUUUCACUCGACGUUUCAGUCAACUGCAGACGCAUCUUCAUCAUCCGAAUCCAGAAAGUUACGUCCUACUCCAUCGCCUCCGCUGUGGUCAUCAUCCUUGACAUUGCUUUCACUGUCACAAUCACCAUCCCUGUCAAUGUCUCAGUCACCCUUGCAGUCGGUGAUGCAGUCGAUGUCUCAGUCAUUCUCUCAUACAUCGUCUCAUUUGCCAUCUCAGUCGCAGUUCCCGUCAUUGCUGCAUUUCCCUUCCCAAUCGCCUUCCCAGCCACUCCCUCAAUCGUCGUCAGAAUCGCCUUCUCAUUCAUUGUCACAGUUGCCUUCUCAGUUGCUGUCACAUUCGCCGUCUCAGUUGCACUGGGAUUUACAUUCAACACCACAUUCGCAGUCACCGUUAUCCCAGUUGCCAUUGCAGAUGGUCUCUCAUUUGCCAUCACUUUCACCAUCGCACUUGACUUUUCAGUUGACAUCACAGUCAUCUUUCCAGUCAUCUUCGCAAUUACUGUCUCAGUUGCAGUCUUUGUUGCCGUCGCCAUCGCUUUGGCCACCGCUUUUCCUGUCACCUUCUCAGUCUCAGUCUCAGUUGCCGUCGUUUCAGUUACCUUUUUACUUGCUUUCAUCCGCGCCCUUGCCAUCACAGUCAUUGAUGCCAUUGACAUCAUCAUCGCCAUUGCAGUCAAAAAUGAUUCAGAAGCUGGUGUGUAAUUUUUUUGUUUUUGUUUUGUUUUGUUUGUUUGUAUGUUUUCGUUUUUCCCUUUUAGGAUUCUCAUAUUCUACAAUUCAACUAUUAUUUUCCUUACCUCAGGCGGCUGAUCAUGUCUCUAAACUUGGCAGAAUGGAUAUUACCAAUGUCAGUUCCUUGCAGGUAUUUUAUUCUACUAAUUUCUUUCCACAGUUAUGCAACUAAUGCUCCGUCGGUCUGUUUUUAAUGUUCAAACAGAAUCCGCAAAUAUGAAAUAUCAUAAAGCGUAUAAAUCAUGUUUUGUCGGUAUGUUAGUUUUUCUGCUUUCGUCUCAUAUUGCUCGUAAAAGUAAAAUAUUAAUGGCUCAUAAUUUUUAAUUUGAUUACGACGUUGAGCUACAUAGUUUUUCAUGCCUGUAAGAAAUAUCUUAUUGGAAUUUUUAUUGAUUAAUUAUCGUUAUCAGUUUUUUUUAUGAUCAUAAUUAUCAGUAUAAUUGUUAUCUGUUUUUAAAUGAUAGGACAAUAACUGAAUUAACUGAAUAAUUGAUCCUUCUGGACGAGUCGAUAUUUAACUUGCGCACAUAUAUCUGUACCCGACAUUGGUUGGCUCUCUCGCUGGAAUACUCUUUCUCAUUUAUCUAUUAAUCUUUUUUUGUUUUCUACCCACAAAUUCUUGUUACCUUAGCUGAGCAAAAUACUACAUUUCAUUACAGGAAGCCAUAGUGGUUUUAGAAGUCUUCAUCACCAUUAUUAAAAGCAUCUCAAAAGCUCGUGAACACGCGUCUGUAACAGAAGAGAUUGAGACAAGAAGAGAAUCCACUUUUAAGGUGGCAGUUGCCUUUGAGGAAUUUGCUCUUAAUUACAGCAAGCUCCACCUGAUUGGAACGAGGUCCCCACAAGUGAUCGACAGUCACAAAAUGGGUGAGUCUGAACACAAUAUGGUCUAUAGGCCUUGAUGAUGAAAUAAAUUUGUGCAGAUUACUGCGCUAUUGCUGGAUCAAAUCGAUCCAUCUGGUCCGUCCAUUGACUGUUUGUGUUUAUCAAUCAUAAAACCCCUUAUUAUGGAUGGUUUUACAAUAUUUUAAGGAUUGCACUCGUUGAGAGCUAAAGUUAAUAAAAGCGUUGAUACAACCAUGGUGUACAGACUGUAUUUUCAGUCCAGCAAGAGUCGUGAAAUUAUUGAAACCAUCACCUGCUGUUUUGUUCGUUAGUGCUAGGUAUUCAUAAAGCCUACCAUCAAAAUGCAAGUGACUUCUACCUUGAAGAUCAAGAAUUGCAAGCAAGCAUAAAUGUUUUGUCUGCAAACUUUCCGAAAUCCGGUUGGUAUCUACUGCAGUGUUUACUCCUAAAUUGUAUAAGAACAAUUCCCCUUGUUUCCCUUACAAAUUUACGCGGUAUUGAAAUUCAUUUGCACAUAAACAGAGUCCUGAGUUUGUUUGUUUCUUUACACAGUCUAUAUGAUUGAGUUAUCUGAAGUUUCUUAAAAGACUGUGCUUCAGCCUUUUUAAUUUUUCGAUUUUUUUUAGUUUCAUUGGUUGUUGGGAUUGUGUAUAAGGAUCUCCACGAAGUACUAGACACAGAUCAACUUGUCAGGAAUGAAGCAGGCAAAGCCACGAGGUGAAGUUCAACUUCUCUAAAAUUAUAUGAUUCAAAAUAUACAAAAUUAUAAUUUUCCUUUCCUUUUUGUUAGGUAUUUGAACUCUAGGAUAAUGGCCGUGGCUAUGGAUCCAAAACCAGAAAAACUGGAAGCGAAUAUCAUAUUAAAGUUCAGAAACCUGAAGGUAAGAACACGAUCAAAAUUGGUAUCAAUUCCUCCACACUGUGUUUAUUUAUUCCAAGGAGAUAAUACACAUUUUCAGGUUAAUGAAAGAAAAAAGACAUGUGUGUUUUGGAGGGGCUUUAACAAAAGGUAAGAAACUGAAAUAUAUUACGUACCUUGUUCUAAAAAGUUAUGCAAGCCAGGCUUCCGUAAUCUUUGUUAAUCACAAUGAAUUUUUUUGUUUGUGAAGGAAACACCAAUCAGCUCUUGCAGCAGGAAAAACAAAAAAAAAUCAAUAACAUUCGAGUGGAAAAAGUCCCCACUUGACUAUGAUGCCAAUGUGACUUCCCUAAAGUUAUCAAACAUCCAUCACUGUCAAUCUGUUACUUCCUGUUUUGAAGCUAUUUGUUUUAUGCAUUUUAUUCCUUUUCACUUGCGGUUGUCGCCAUUUUUCGCUUCUGCCAUCGUCGUACAUAUUGUUGCUGACAGAAUCGUUUUUUUUUACCGCAAAAUUAAAAGUUUACCUUUGAUUUUUUUUCUAUUUUUCCGUUUUUUCAAUUUUCUUCACAGAAGGUAAGAUACAGUUGUGUUUUACUCCCCUGGAUCGUCAAUAUACCUUUUCAUCACAUCGUACCGGCUAGAAUAUCAAAGCCGACUCUAUGAGUGGCAGAUAUCAAUUACUGAAUAAAAUGGAAAGUAGUCAAGAAAGUCUCGAGGCUACGAUUAUAUGAGGAAGAUAGUAAGUUGACCUUUUGGUAACCAAAGGUCUUUCCACAAUUUUUUUUUAUAAUAUUGCUGUUAUUGUUUUAAUUUUUUUGUGUUUUUUUCUUUUAACGUUGUCGUCAUUUUUCCAGCUCAGAAGGAUUUUCAGGGAGAGGAUGCUAUGUGGUUGCAUCACAAAGCAACUCAGAAGAAACAGUGUGCAGCUGCAAUCAUUUGACUCAUUUUGCUGUCUUACUUGACUACAACGGCAGCUCAGGGGUAAUGGACUAAUGUUUACCUUACCUUCACUGGCGGUAAUACAAUUCCAUUCAGGUGAUUGACACAUUUCUAAUUCUUUUCAUGCCAUUUAUGAAGCAGCUCACUGGGGAAGACGAAACUAUUCUGGAGAUUAUCACCUACGUGGGAUUAAGCCUGUCAAUCAUAGGAAUAAUUUUGACAGUUAUUCUAUAUUCCUUCCUUACGUAAGUGCUACAGCCAGAAAUUUUAAAACUUUGCAUUACUUUAAACAUUUCAGACGUAAGUAAGACCUCUUCGCGAAAAGAUAGACACUCAGUCAAUGCAUAAUGAAACAAUUGCCUGUUGCAACAUAAAGUUGCUUUCCUUUGUUUUGUUCGGUUUUGUUUUUGUUUUGGUCUGUUUGUUCUUAUUUGUUUAUUGUUUCUCUAGAGAUGUUCACCAGCCUCUGUCACAAAUACGAUUGAGUCUUUCUGUUGCCCUCGGAGCUGGACAAUUUAUUUUUCUCGUCGGGAUAAACACCACAGAAAACAAAGUAAGCGACUUCUUCAUCCAUUUAUGAAUAUUUGCUUGAUAAGCUUAUGACGAGCACGAAGAAGUACACCAGAUCUCUUUGAAAAGAUGCAUGAAAAGUAGACAACUUUUUUUCUCUCUCCCAGGCUUUUUGUAUUACAGCAGCAGCCUUCAUGCAAUAUUUCCUGAUGGCUUCGUUCUGUUGGAUGCUGGUGGAGGGAUUUUACCUCUACCUCUUUGUGGUGAAAGUUUACAACAUCACCGAAAAGAUGCACAUGUAUCACGUCAUGUCAUGGGGUAUUUUCAUUUUACUUGUUUUGAAUUGUUUGACUUCAUGAUAACCUGAAUCGACUUGCAUUGACAUCCUACUUAUGUUUAGGUUUACCCAUCGUCACGGUCGGUAUUUCAUUAUGCAUCGCUGCUGGAAAAGAUGGAAUAGAGAGCUUUACUAGUGCUAAAUAGUAAGAGAAACCUUCGACAUCAGUUCUUUUUUCUCCUUAUCCACAUAUCCUGUCUCCUACAAAAGUGUAUUCUUUUAAGUACAACUCUUUUUCCACAAUCUUGUGUUUUUAGUUCGGUUUCAUUUCGUAGAUUUUUGUGUCCCUGUGUUUUUAUCCAGGUUUUGUGUCUCUGUGUCUGUCUCUCUUUCUGUUUCCUUCCCCGUCUUCUAUUUCUCUGGGUUACUGGGUUAGAGGAUUAUUUGCAGCAAAAAUAUGUUUAUAUUUUUCCCUCCGUUUCUCGUUUCAAGUUGCUGGCUGUCCUACACAAACAACCUCAUCUGGAUAUUCGCCGCAUUUAUGGCUUUCGUUGAAGUGGUGAGUCUAAAAUUAGUCAGUCCCUCGCACUUUCCUUUUUAAUGCCAAAACUGACCACCGGUGGAGAUCGUCUCUCUUGUUCCCAUGCUUAUUACAAAAGGAAAAGCAUAUUUCUGUUUUCGACCACCAGGCUCAAAGCUCACAAUAUUUUCAACUCCAUUUACGCCCACAAUGUAUUCAGCAUUACUCGUCUUAGCAACAGCCACUCUGCCGACAUUUGACACUCCUUGUUUGUUUCAGCUCAACAUUUUGAUUCUCGUCCGAGUCAUAAAAGAGAUGACCACGCUAGUGCAGCCUAUGGGGGAAGACACUCAUAUCAAGCAGAUACGGUGAGAUUUAAAAUUUGUAGUUAGCGAAAUAUUUUAAUCAGUGGAGGGAAAAAGUUAAAUAAACGGGAACCAAUUGCUGUAACAUCUAGUUGUGAGGUACUUGCCUCAAUUCCACCCUAGUUAGCAAUAAACAGUGAGAAAUUAAUUAAUUAUUCAUUGAAGAGGUUAAUUCAUGAUCAUGUACAGGAAACAAUCAAAUAAUUCAAACUUUUUUUUUAAUGUUGUCGUUAUUCCGGCAGACUUGGCUUUAAAACAUGCGCGGUGAUGAUUCCACUGAUGGGUAUAACGUGGCUAUUCGGUCUUUUGUCGCCAUGGCAUAAAGCUUUCGCCUACAUUUUCACCAUCUUUAACUCAACUCAGGUGAGUAUUCGGUCUUUUGUCGUCAUCACAAAAAGCUUUCGCCUACAUUUUCACCAUCGUCAAUUCGAUUCAGGUGAGAAGUAAGAGAGACUGUCGGAAAUCUAAUCAUCUGUUGGCAAACUUUAAUGUCCAAACUACGUUCUUACAUUAGUCUGAUGAUAUUUCCCGUUCAAAGGUAACCUAGUCGACAAGAGGGGAUUUACUUCUUGGUUUUUGAGAUCUGCAACUUCCCUUAAUUUACUGUUUUAUCCAUUUUUUAAAGACGAUUUCAAGAUAGAGAUUACAAGAUGUUUGCACUACAUCUAACUUUUUAAACGACGCUCUGCCAUCUCUAAAAAAGGCUGAUCUUGAAAUAAUUUUCUGUCUUAGGGACUCCUGAUUUUUUUCUUCCAUUGUGUGCGAAACAGCCAGGUAAGAAAGAUAUCAAACAGGGGAGGUAGAUCAAGUGAAUUGUGGAGACUUUAGAAUCACUGAGCUUUGGAUGGUUAAGAACUGAUAUUUUGCCAAUUGUUCAUCUACAGAUUAAAGAGCGAUUGAAAAGGAGGAUGAACGCAAUUUUUCCAUCUUCCGAAGUUGGAAACUCUGCAAGGAAGAGCUCACGAGUUAACGCAAGUAAUGCCGGGAAAAUACGGGCAGUCGAAAUGCAGUCUUUCGAUGCAUAA